AUGUCACCCACAUCUUCCCUCUCAUCCAAAUCGCUCUUGUCCAGCUUCAAAGGCAACUCUACCACUUCCCUCGUGAAUAUGAGCGACGACAUGGACGGUAGAACCAGAAAUGCAAAGGCCCAAAAGAGGCAUAGGGAGAAACAAAAGGCUAGAGUGAAAGCGCUCGAAGAUUCCGUUCAAGUGCUCACCGCACAACUUGAAGAUGCCCGUCGUCAACUCGGUCAACUCCCCUACCCACCUGGUUCAUCGCGGAUGGGACUCGGUACGCACUCGCCCGAGUUUGCUCAGAUGCAAAAUGAGAAUAGUUACCUGCGAGACGAAAAUGCCGAUCUGAGAAGACAGCUUUACACGCUUCGAGUCACUUAUGGUCAAGAGAACCCCGGUGGCGGGAACGGGCCGCAGAAUCAAAUGCCUAGUCCGCCACCUAGACAUGGUAGUGGACAAGGUCAAGGAAGGUCGAACACUAAUCCCGCUGGAAAUGAUAGCUCAGAUCCAUACAGGAACUCAUCAGGUAACGGCAAUAGAUCAAGAGUUUUAUCCGCUUCUUCGGCUCCAAACGCCUCACCAUACGUUUCCUCUUCUUCUUUUCCUGCGGAUCUGAGGGCUCAUUCACUCUCCAACUCCAACAACAAUGGAUCAUCGAGCAAUUCAGGUAACAAUAAGCCUCAACAGAUCGAAUCGAAUUACCCAGUAAGGUAUGAAGGACACAUGUAUCCUCCUACUGCACCUCCCCCGCACGCCCUACCAAGAAGUCAGAUGUAUAAUGUGGACAACAUGCCUUAUGGAAGGGGUGAAAGCGGGGAAAACAUGCCUUGGGGUCCAGAAUCCGGGCCUCCCCCUUUUGCUGGAGCCAUGGGUUAUCCACCUGUUAAUUUCCAUGAGAAUAGUUCGUCAAACGCUGUUUCCGAACCUUGGAGACAAGACCAGUAA